GCAGGCGAGCAGGGACAGUGCUCCUGCCUGACGACACUGCGCGAAUGGGGCUCGCCAUGGAUCGCAGCCCGUACUCCCGCACGGGGGACACGGCGCGCGGCUGCUGGUACUACCUGCGCUAUUUCUUCCUAUUUGUGUCGCUCAUCCAGUUCCUCAUCAUCCUGGGCCUGGUCCUCUUCAUGAUCUACGGCAAUGUGCACGCCACCACGGAGGCCAGCCUGCGGGCCACCGAGAUCCGCGCCGACAGCCUGUACAGCCAGGUGGUGGGGCUGUCGGCCUCGCGGGCUAACCUGACCAAACAGCUGAACAUCAGCGCGCACGCCAAGGACACGGCCAUGCAGCAGCUGCAGAGCGCACGACGUGAGCUGGAGCGCAUCAACGCCAGCUUCCGCCAGUGCCAAGGCGACCUGCUCACCUACAUGAACUAUCACCCGUUCAUGGUCGCCAUCAUCCUGAGCGAGAAGCACUGCUGGGAACAGCUGAAGGAGAACAACAAGACCUGUGAAGCCUUGCUCUUCAAGCUGGGAGAGAAGGCUAAGACGUUGGAGAUGGAAGUGGCCAAGGAGAAGGCGGUGUGCGCCAAGGACAAGGAUAGCCUGGUGGCGGGAAAGCGGCAGGCGGAGGAGCAGCUGGCGGCCUGUGGCAAAGAGCAGGAGCGGCAGCAGCAGGAGAAGCAGGUGGCCGAGGAGCAGCUGCACAAGGUGCAGACCCUGUGCCUGCCGCUGGACCAGGACAAGUUCCAGGCGGACGCGUUAAACGUGUGGCGGGACUCGCUCAUCCCGCGCUCCCUGGAAAGCCUGGGCUACCACUACUCGCUGGUGCCCGAGAUCGCGUCCCUCCGCCGGAUGUGCGAGCACCUGCCCAGUAUCAUGAGCUCCAAGCUGGAAGAGCUGGCGCGCGGGCUGCGCAUGGGCAUCGAGCGCGUGACCCGUGAGAACGCGGAGCUGCGGCGGCAGAAGCUGGAGGUGGAGCGCGGGGCGCAGGGCACGCAGGAGGCGCGGGCGCGCGCCGAGGCGGAGGCGCAGGCACGCGAGAGCCAGCUGCGGGCUGAGUGCGCGCGCCAGACGCAGCUGGCGCUGGAGGAGAAAGCGACACUGCGAGCGCAGAGGGACGGCCUGGCUCGCGAGCUGGAGGCGCGCAAGCGCGAGCUGGAGCAGCUGCGCACCGAGGUGGACGUGCGUAUCAAUGCGCUCGACACCUGUCUCAAGGCCAAGUCGCAGCCAGCCAUCCCGCCAAGAGUCUCUGGCCCAGGCCCCAACCCUCCGCCCAUAGAUUCUGCUACCCUGGAGGAAUUCAGGAAAAGGAUCUUGGAGUCCCAGCGUCUUCCAGUAGUCAAGCCUGCCGUCCCACCCAGUGGCUGAGGAAGCAGCUGCUGCAGGACCCUGGGCAUGAGACUCGCCCACGUGUGGAUGGGGCCAGCCAGAUGCCCACGGCGCUGGACACCUGCUGUGCCCCAUGGCCCGCAAUCUCCAUCCCCACCUCCUCUGCCCCCUCACUGCCCCUGCUCCCCACCGGCCCCCAGACACUGGGUUUGAGGCAUAUACAGCUGUGGGGUGACCAGAACGGCACCCGCCUGCCCAUAAAGCACCCACAGCUCAGCUGCCGCCCCAGGCCCUCCUCUGGCUUUGGUGUCAUUUGGUGCCUGACCCGAGAGGUGAGAAACAGGAAGUCCCAGCCUCAGCUCUCUUGGGACUUUCCAAGCUCCCCCUAAAGGCCCUGGGUGAUUCCAGGUCCUCUUUUAGUUUCCAGGCCUCCCCUGGAUGGCUUCGAGGCCCCAAGAAACACAGAAGUUUCAUUAGGUUUUUAAACUGUUUCCCAGGGUCUCCAGGCUCCCCUCCUCGCCACGAGGAAGGGCCUGGACCACAGGGGAGGCCCGUGGAUCUCCCAGGGCCUGUAGGGAUGCUUCCUCACGCUCCGCCUUGCUUGUAUCCCUUAAAGAUAUCCGUGGCACACAAUAAAUACCACAGAGUCUUUAAGGGCUGGUUUCUAUUAUUAUUUUAUUUUUCUGUAA